AGAUAUGGCACCUUGUUUUUGGACAACGCUACGAUCCUCGAGCAAUAGCCUAAAUCGGUGUUCUUUUCUUUUUUUGCUGCUAGUGCUCUUCGCGCUGUUGUCUUCUAAUGAACAUUCUUUGAAAGCAGUCAGAUCAUCUUACAUUUGUCUCCAAACAAGCCAAAAAGCUCCAAUUUCUGUCUGCCACCACCGACAACGCUUCCCUCUCCAUCACCUCCUUUAAAAAAGUUCUACAGUCACCAAAGCAGCUUUACUGCAUUCAGUCAAUGCCGCCGUCGCGCUUUUCUCGACCGAAGCUCAGUGGUACAGUCACCGUGCGCCGUUUUCAACAACCACAGCUAGAGACAGUGGUGAAGAUAAGCAAAGGGGAGUUGUCAGAGGGUUUGGAGGCGAUAGCCUCUCGGGUAGGAUUGGGCAGUUCGAGCAGCACGGAUGAACAUACAAUAGACUUGUGCCUCGUCGAUGAGCAAGAGCUGGCGCUGAUGGGGAAAUUGGUUGACAAAGGCGUGUAUUACCUUUCCGGAGGUGUGCUUUUACCCACUCACGAGUCUGUUGCUGUGUGUCAUAGUGCCUCCAACAUCGGAGGCAGCGGCGCGUCCUCGGGUCGCGUGCUCGCACCUGACUGUGCUGUAUUAUGGGCUUUUGAUCCCCGCAUGCUUCUCCAUCGCCCCCUUAAUAACCGGUCACCCGAAACACCCUACCGUCUCCAAUGCGCUGUAAAGGCGCUCCAACAGUGUGAGCGUGCAAACGACAUACUUCCCGCAGAACUACUUGGUCCUUUGUCUUUGAACAUGGAUGGCAGCAUGCAGCGCGAUCUGCAACCUGACCCAGCAAAGGUUAGCAGCAAAAACCGUGCGCGAUGGAUUCCGGCAAGAUGUGCGAGAGCUGACGAGGUGUAUUCCUUCCACGCUCCUGAAUCUUAUCGUGACUUUAUUGAGCGGGGUGUGGCGUUGACCUCCUUGAAAAGCGAUGUUUAUUGCAACGAGGAGACAAGCAGUGUAGCAGCACGGCUUUCCGUCGGCGCCGUAGUCGAUGCCAGUGUCAAGGUGCUGCAGGGUGUAGGCUGUUUACGUCGUGACAGCACAGUUUCACACACGGACGUUCCUCUUUUUGCGUAUUGUCUUGUUCGGCCUCCUGGGCACCACUGCACAUCUUCUCAGCCAAGCGGAUUUUGUCUUUUGAACAACGUCGCGGUUGCAGCGGCGCAACUGCGUCAACAGCGCUCUGUGACGUCCACUUCCGGAAUGCCACGGAUUGCUAUUCUUGACUUAGAUGUGCACUUUGGCGAAGGGAGUGCGUCCUUCGUCGAAGGUAUUGGCGAUCCUCAGACUCUUUUGUAUCUCUCUCUUCACCGUUACGAUAAGCAGAAGUUCUACCCUUUUGAUCAGCGCGGUGACUCCGCCUAUGUCGGCAGAGUCAACAAUUCUGAGUCACCGCCUAAGGGAUGCAUUUGCAACGUUGCAGUGCACACAAACGCGAAUAAUCCGACUCUUUGCGAACACGUCAUUUCUGACCACUUGAUGAACGGCGUGCUGGAAGAGAUCUUUCUUCCGCGGCUAGAAGCAUUUCAACCAGAUGUGGUACUGGUCUCAUUGGGCUUUGAUGCCGCUUACGGGGAUCCGUUGGGCAAGAUGGCGGUAGAAAACGGGUUUGCCUCCGUCAUAGCUCGAUUGAAGCAUUGGUGCAUCGAAGAGGGCCGCAUUGUGGGACUUGUCGUCGUGUUGGAAGGCGGCUAUAAUCCCACAUCGGUCGCGCAAGGUGCCGUGACGGUCGGCCUCGCGCUCUCGCUACCGCAGACUGAUUCCACAGUGCAGCCGUUCCUUCAAGAGCACCUGCCGCGUGUCUGGGCGGACCUGCGCCAGCGACAGAUGCGUCAGCUGCGAGACUGGCGACAGGCACAGAAGGAGCGCGUAGAGGAGGUUGCAACUGAGACAGCGGCAGCACCCACGGAGGAUGGCAUUUCGAGAGUUGCUCUUCCGCCUGAACAGGUUGCAGAUGAUGCAGAGCUGCUUGGGCGUCACAGACGUUGGUGCGCGUCUUUGAUUUCGCGGGUUCUACAAACUCACCGCGAAGCGUUGAAUGCGGUGGCGUAG